AUGUCUACUUCGGCCAAUAUCGUGGAUGAGUUCAGACAACUUGCGUCACCCGAGGGAUCUGAGCGCAUGUCGUAUAUUCUCUCAGAGUUCCAGGAACGGAUAUCCAAGACUAAUCGACUUGUGCUUGAUCGUGUAUUGGAUAUGAUCGAAGCUACCGACGGCGAUGAAAGCCUGCACCUGGACAUGCUAUCCAGCCACAUGAGCAGAUGCGACCCUACACACAUGGAGUAUUUCCCUUGGAAAAAUGGAUAUGCUCUGUUCGACGGAACCUAUAUCAACUCGAUGGACGACUACAGAUAUUGGUACAGCACGCAAGACGGUCUCUGGUCACACCCCAACACUCCCGAUGGCCUGUUAGACAGAGAACACGAAAAGGCGCUUCAGCAAUUCCUCGAAAGGCUACAGCUCGCUGUGGAAGACAAUGCAGACGAAACUUGGUUCGGAGACACGUCCACUUUCUGGGAGCUACCUGCAGAAUAUUGCGAGCUUCUCAGACACGUCCGCGCUAUCGGCUACGAAAACUGGGACAAGCAGAUGUUCGUUCCCGACAUCAAUGGAGUCGACCUGAACAAUGUCGAGAACUUGGCUCUUACGCCAGAGGAACUGUCCGACCUUACAUGUACAGAUGGCUUCGACGUCGUCGCUGGAUGGACAGUCGGGGACAAUGAGAAUGGCUCGUGUAUUUUCUACAUACUAUCACGACACAGCGACCAAGAAGAGCCAUGGCGAUGGAGGAUUUUCGUCGAAGCAAACUUUCCCACCAACAAAAUCUUCGACACUCUUGAAGAGUUUCUGUCUUGGUUAUCAAGUGCUGAUGACUGGAUCGAUUGGGAAGGUGUGGAAACUUCCAUUGCGGAAUUGCACAUAUUGUGUAGUAGUCAUGGAGCACAGCAACAACAAGCAUCCGAUCAAUUAAUAAAUCAACCAGGAGGCUUAGGACCCAUGGACAGUCCGCAGGCUUAUAUGUCUCCAGGUUCAAGUAUUUUGGCGAAUUAA